UUUGUUUCGUGAUCAUAAUCAACCCUCGAAUCACUCCGAACACCGACUUUCAUACACCCAACAACGUAAGCCAAUUCUCCCAUUUUUGUGCUCCUCCUUUCCUCUGCCACAAUGCUCUCCGACUAACAUAGUCUCGCCAGACUACAACAUGGCACCCUCCCGAGCUAUGAGCACCCUUCCCUUCUAUUGUGGCGCACGCGCAUAUUUCCACCACACCUACUUAUCAACUUCAUGCCGCACUAUCUUCACCCAGCAUGCUCCAAUUGCGCAGCCAUUGAGAACACACCGUUUGCUUCUUUCGACCCUACCGAUGCCCCGAGCGCCUCACAUGCCCGCAUCCUCGCCAUUGUUGAGAUCAUAUUCGACAGCGAUACCCGAACCGCCAGACCAUCUGAACGAGCGCGAACUACACGUUUUCAAUAAAAUCCGGGACGCUCUAGAACCGGUUCAACUUGAGGUAUGCGUUGUCCGUUGA